CAACUUUAGUAGUAAUAAAAAGGAUAAGAACAACAACAACAAUUACAUAUGUCGCCAGAAAAGUCAAUUUGGGCCUAUUUGAAUCAUUUCAUAAUGAGCAACAUUUCAUAUUUGUUUGAUGAAAUCGAUGGUUAUCUUUAUUAUUUUGGUGGCACAGCCGGUGUACUAACGCUAACUGGCAUUGCCGCAGCCUCGGCUUAUUAUUUUACAUCCCGGCCCAUACCGGAAAAACCAUUAGUGCCUCUGGAAAAUCAAUCGCCUAUACUAGAAGGUCCGGAACAAAUUCACGUAUCAAAGUUCUACAAAGAAUCCAAAAAUGGCAAAUUCGUUUCGUACAUCACAGAGAAUGUUCGGACACUGUAUCAGACAUUUCGUGAAGGUGCCUAUGCCUCCAAUAAUGGACCCUGUCUGGGAUGGCGUGAAACUCUGACAUCCCCAUAUCAGUGGAUCAACUAUGACGAAGCAUUACUGCGUGCCAAAAACUUCGGCUCGGGCAUGCUAGCCUUGGGCGUACGUCCCAAACAAUUGGUGGGUAUCUAUUCACAAAAUCGUCCCGAAUGGAUUCUGUAUGAGCAGGGCUGUUAUUGCUAUUCGCUGGUGGUGGUACCGCUCUAUGACACCCUAGGACCAGAUGCCUGUGCUUUUAUUAUACGUCAGACUGAAAUGUCAAUUGUGGUCGUGGAGGACGAUGCCAAGGCAUCGAUGCUUUUGGACAAAGCACCGCGGUCGCUGAAAAUUCUUGUUGCUAUAAAGCCGGUCAGGGCAGCCACAUUGGAAAAUGCUCGCAAUCGGGGCAUACAAAUCUUUUCGUUCAUCGAUGUCGAGAAGUUGGGUGCCAAAAGUAAUCAUCCCGAAGUACCGCCUACCUCAGAAGAUUUGUGUACAGUUUGUUAUACCUCGGGUACCACUGGCAAUCCCAAGGGUGUUAUGCUGACACACGGCAAUGUUGUCGCUGGAGUCUGCGCUGUAAUACUGCAGUUGGGUGAUCACCGCAUCCGUGCUGGUGAUGUUAUGAUAUCGUUCCUGCCAUUGGCUCACAUGUUCGAGCGCUGCUGCGAGAAUGGCAUGUACUAUGUGGGAGGCUGUGUUGGCUUCUAUUCGGGCGACAUCAAAGAACUGAACAAUGAUUUGAAGAUGCUGAAGCCAACUGUGAUGCCGGCCGUGCCUCGUCUACUAAAUCGUGUCUAUGAUAAAAUUCAAAAUGAUAUCGCUGCCUCGUCCAUAAAGAGAGCCUUAUUUAAUAUGGCUUUGAAAGCCAAAGAGAAGGAAAUAUCCCGAGGUAUAUUGAGACGCAAUGGCUGCUGGGAUAAGCUGGUAUUUAAAAAAGUGCAUCAAGCUUUUGGUGGAAAUCUUCGUUUGAUGGUGGUUGGAUCGGCUCCCUUGGCUGGUAAUGUUUUGACUUUUAUGCGCUGUGCUUUGGGUUGUUUGGUGGUCGAGGGCUAUGGUCAAACCGAAUGUACCGGUGCCAUAACUUUAACUGUUCAGGGCGACUAUGUACCCAAUCAUGUGGGACCACCAGUAUCCUGCAAUGCCAUUAAGUUGGUGGAUGUACCGGAAAUGGAAUACUAUGCCAAUCAAAACACCGGCGAAGUUUGUGUUCGAGGUUCAAAUGUGUUCCACGGUUACUACAAAGAUCCUGAGAAAACUGCCGAAGCCAUUGACCCUGAGGGUUGGCACCACACUGGCGAUGUUGGUAUGUGGCUACCGAAUGGCACUUUGCGUAUUAUCGAUCGUCGUAAGCAUAUCUUCAAGCUGAGCCAGGGUGAAUAUAUCGUACCCGAGAAAAUUGAGAACAUUUAUACCUUAAGUCAGUACGUAAAUCAAGUAUUUGUUUAUGGUGAAAGUCUGAAGAGUUGUAUUGUUGCUGUUGUUGUACCCGACGUUGAAGUUUUAAAGCAGUGGGCAAUGGAAAAUGGUGUACGUGGUACCCUAUCGGUUCUGUGUAAUAAUCCUCAAGUUAAGGAACUCAUUAUGACCGAUAUGCUGAAGUGGGGCAAACAGAGUGGUUUAAAAUCAUUUGAACAGGUUAAAGACAUUUAUCUACAUCCAGAUCCAUUUUCGGUGCAAAAUGGUCUACUGACACCUACCUUCAAGUCAAAACGGCCACAAUUAAAGAGUUACUUUAAACCCCAGUUGGAGGAUAUGUAUAAGCAUCUGGCCUAAGGCUGCCAAACUUAUUUAAACUAUAACCAAAAAACAAAAA